AAAUUUUCAUUUCACAAUUUUUCCUUUUCACCUCGGUUCACUAAUCAUAACUUGAGUUACAAUCAAAAUAGUGUCGUUCGUGAAACAUUAAAAUAAUGACUUUACAAAAAGAUACAAGAGAUAAAUUGGUCAAGGCAGCGAGAAAUUGUCAACAAAAUUUCUACGAAUUACUCAGCGAUUGGAAUAGUUAUGACAGAAAAAAGCCACAAUAUUUGAAAAAUUUUAUCGGUACCGCUCUCUUUGGACCACCGCAAAUUAAUCAAGACAAUACAUCUUGUUUAUUUGAAAAACAAUUGGAGGAUGUAAUAUUUUUUCAAGAUUCGCAUCAACAACAAACAAUUGACAAGAUUUAUGAAAAAAUUCUACAACACGGUACACAAAAUAAAGGAAAACAUGAAAUAAUGUGUGGACUAAUUUAUAAUGUGAUAUUCGAUAUUUCAAUUGAAUGUGGAAAAUAUUUUACAGAAGAACAUGUCAUAAAGUGUUUGCAACCAAUUCCAAUUUUUAAAGUUUUGAAAAAUUUUGUUAAACGAACGAAUAGUGGUAAUUUAAUAACAACAAAGUUGGAGAUUCACUAUAUUGACGAUUGUGGCCGAGUUUAUAAAAGUUGGAAGGAUUAUUUAAAUUUUAAUAUUUUGCCAAAGUGUUUUAUGGUUGUGCCAAAGGCAGGUGAAUAUCAAGCUGAUUAUAGUAAUCAAUGGUCGGAGAAUAUUUCUUACGUUUCUAUUGAAAUGUACAAAUCGCCAUCUUGUUUUAAUGAGAGUAUUAGUAGGAUUGAUUCGAUUAAUAAAUUUGUUGGUUUGGGCUGUGCUGGAUUUGGACUCGCAGCCGCUUUUAAUCCUGUUGGUGGGGCUCUUAUGACUUUAGGAGCUGUAGGUAUGGGAUUAAGUGGCUUAUGGUCAAUGGGAAGAAACUCACAAAUAAUUGCAGAUCGUCAUCUUCAUGAGCAAUCGAUUGGGAUGAAAGACAAAGACGGAAUCGUCCGAUGGUUUGGAUUAGCCAGCAGUAUUUUAACAGUAGCCACAAGUGGUGGUUCAAUGCUCCUAUCAAAUGCUGUUAAAAAUGCCACAACUUUAAGUACAGCUGCAAAAAUAGUUCACAGUUCAGCACAAAUAGGAUCCAUAGCCGCUAGUGGAGUAAAUGUUGGUUUAAUUAUCAACAACAUUAACGAUAGUAACCAAAAAUACGUUUCAGCCCAAGACACCCUAAAUCUAGUCUCAAAUUUACUCCUCUUUACAAAUUCAAUCGUAAAUCUACAAUUCGCCAACAGUAUUUUAAGGAAAAAUCAAACAGAAUUAAUCCACGAUUUUGAGAAUAGCUUAAGAAUAGCUCGACACAGAAAAGAAUUUCGACGAAUGGUGAAAAAUAGCACUUCCCUUCCAUCAUAUCAAACUCCCGAACAAAUUCGUUCGACUACUAAAAUAACAACUAAAAAUCAUCUAACGUAUUCAAAAAAUAAUUUUCAAAUCAAAGAUGAUUUUCUAUUUACCGGAAUUGUUUCAUCCGAUGGAAUAAUUUCCAUCGAUGGGAAGAAUUUAAUAAAACCACUUGAUUUUGUCAAAAAACUAAAAGAACAAAAAAAUAGACCUAUUAACAUUGCCCUGACGACUAAUUACAGUAUAAGUAAUAAUAUUUUUGAAAAGGUAUUAAAAAAUUUCUUGCUACGUUAUAAAAAUGAAUUUACCAAUUCACAAUUAAGUUUGACUCUGUUUUCAUCGUUUCUCAACAAUAUUUCUGAAAUUGAUAAACCGGAUGUGAUUUUUAGCAAAUUGUUGUUAAUUGGCAUUAAGUUAGUGAAAAAUAUGAAUAGAAAUUUAUUUACAACUUGUAGAAAGUAUUUGAUAAGUAACGCAAUUUCUGAGACUGUUGAUUUUUUGUGGGAAUUCAUACAAGUUAAUCUUAGAGAAAAAAUUGGACUAUGUAGACAAUCGGAAGAUUAUCGGGAAUUGAUUAUGAAAAUUAUUAUUGGUAUUCAUUCUUCGGUGAGAAAUAAUAUUGACGAGUGGAUUGAUUCAUUAAAAUAUUAUCUCCUAAUUAAAAAUGAAUGGAUGAGGAGAAAAAUUGAGAAUGAUGAUGGAAAAGUGUAUUUGUUACAAGUAAUGUAAAAGUUUAAUUAGUUAUGAACUAUGUUGAUCGUGUUCUUUUUGAAAAUUAUUUAUUGUUUUUAAAUCGAGAACUAAGCAAAUAAAAACUAUUUUACUUUCAACAUUGAAA